AUGGCCAUCUCGUGGAAGUCGUUUGACUUCUUCGACGUCACGCAGGUGGCGCUGCCCGACGACGAAACCCGCCAGCUCUUUGAGAGCAACGACAUCUCCAGCGUCUGCACAGGCUCCGACAGCCUGUUUGUCGGCUCCAACGAUGGAUACGUCAGCAUCUUGGGCAAGGGGUGGAAGGUCAUCAGGCGGUUCCAGGCGCAUGAGGCGCGCAUCACACACAUGCGUCAGGUGGAGGGGACGAGCCUGCUGGUGACGAUUGCGGAGGACAUGAGCAGCGAGCCGACGCUCAAGGCCUGGGCUCUGGACAAGUUGAUUAAGAGGACCAACAUGCCAACCUGCCUCAGUACUUUGACGGUCAAUAACGGGAGGCGGCAGUUUCCGAUAUCGGCAUUCGCUGCGCUUGACGACCUUACGCAAAUCGCAGUGGGUUUUGCAAACGGCGCGGUAACCGUCAUCCGGGGAGAUCUUGUCCAUGACCUGGGGACCAAGCAGCGCAUCGUAUACGAGUCGGAGGAGCCCGUGACUGGUGUCCAAUUGACAACCCAGGAGAGUUCAACAACUCUCUUCAUCUCUACAACCUCGAGGAUAUUGCAAUUAGCAUUAUCUAGAAGGGGGCAGGGCUCACCACCAAAAACGAUCGAGGACUCUGGCUGUGCGGCGGGCUGCAUGACGGUUGAUCCCAAGACGGGGGAUAUUGUUGUCGCCAGAGACGAUGCCAUAUACACAUAUAGGCUGGAUGGGCGUGGGCCACCUCGAGCAUACGAGUCCCCCAAACGACUCGUAUCUAUGCACAACGACUACAUUGCCGUCGCGGGUCCGUCAUCUGUUAGCAGCAGCAGAGACCCCGAGGCUUUGCGGAGAAGAUUCGGUUCGGCGACGGCAGAUGGUCUAUUUAAUGCGUGGACCUUUGUUCUCCUGGAAGCGGAUCUGCGAGUGGUUGCCCACACCGAGACGCUCAUCUCCCCUGUCCGAUUCAUCUUUGAAGUAUGGGGGGAUUUGUUCACAAUCACCGAGGAAGGAAAAACCUACCGAUACCACGAGAAGCCGCUUCAGCAGCGUCUGGAAAUGCUCUACCAGCGCAACAUGUUCCCCCUCGCGAUUGAGCUGGCUCAGAACUCGGGGAUGAAUAACGAGCAGCAGAGCCUCAUCUAUCGUCGGUUUGGAGACCAUCUAUAUCAAAAGUCCGACUAUGAUGGAGCAAUGAACCAGUACAUUCGAGCCAUCGACGCUACUGAGCCUUCUCAAGUCAUCAGAAAGUUUCUGGAUACACAAAGGAUACACAACCUGAUUUUAUACUUGGAAAAACUGCACCACCACGAAAAGGCUACAUCCGACCAUACCACGCUCUUGCUCAAUUGCUAUGCUAAGCUUAAAGACAUUAAGAAGUUGGAAGAGUUCAUCAUGGCUCCGGGAGACUUGAAGUUUGAUUUGGAUACAGCCAUUACCAUGUGUCGGCAAGGUGGCUACUACCAGCAAGCUGCGUAUCUGGCCAAAAAGCACGGCGAGACCGAGCUCGUUGUAGAUAUCUUGAUUGAAGAUUCGAAGAGUUAUGAUGAGGCACUGGAUUACAUUUGGCAUCAGGAUCCUGCAAUUGCGUAUCCGUGCAUGCAAAAGUACGCCAGGGUUCUGAUAGAGCAUUGCCCCAAGGACGCGACAAAGCUGUUUGUGGAUUACUAUACUAGCAAUUAUCGACCGCGGCGCACGGUAGUUGUGCCCAUUGAGGAGGUUGCCGAGGCUGCAGCUCCAGGCGGCUCAGGGUUAGCUGCCGGGGCUGCCAGUGCCGUACAGAACCUGACCAACCUCCUCAUCCUACCUUCAUACAUCAGUCCCGCAACCGGAACGCCAGGAAGCGCAAGGCCGACCGAAGCCGUCGUCUCGGUAGACGAAGACGAUUUACCGAUACCCAAAUACAAUCCCCCGCCGCCCCGGACGGCAUUCUCAUCCUUCAUCGACCACCCCGAUGAGUUCAUCACAUUCCUGGAGGCAUGCCUGGAAGAAGAAAAGCUGAGGGAUCUUCACAGCACCGAUCUGUAUACCACCCUGUUUGAAAUGUACCUGCACAAGUCCAACGAGAAAAAGGGCAGUUUACACAAGGAAGAGUGGGAAGCAAAGGCAAAGAAACUCAUUGAGGGCGACCAUGUGCCAAUGGAGAGCUCCAAUGUGCUCCUAUUGUCACAUCUAUCAAAUUUCCAGGACGGCACCGUUUUGGUCAAGGAGCAGGCUGGGCUACUGUCCGACAUUUUCAGGUCUUAUACGUCGGCAAAGGACACACGCGGGGCGUUGAAGGCACUGAGAAAGUACGGGCCGGAAGAGCCGCAGCUGUAUCCGGCCGCCUUGGCAUACCUCACGUCGGAUCCUCGGGUGCUAGAGGAAGCCGGGCCGGAUGAGCUGGCAGCCAUCCUGACCAAGAUUGACAAGGACGGGCUCAUGGCUCCGCUACAAGUCGUUCAGACUCUUGUUGGACAAAACUCUGGCGGCGGCGUGGCUACCAUGGGAAUGAUUAAGCCAUAUCUUCGUGAUACAAUCACCCGCGAGCGCAAGGAGAUUGCCCAAAACCGGAAUCGAAUAUCCACGCUCCGCGCCGACACGGAGAAGAGACGCAGCGACCUGGAAGAUCUCAGUUCGAAACCUGCCGUGUUCCAAGCCACGCGAUGCUCCGACUGCGGCCAGGGGCUGGACCUCCCAGCGGUGCACUUUAUGUGCAAGCACAGUUUCCAUCAACGAUGCCUCCGCGGCGGCGGCGAGGAUGACGAGAUUGAGUGCCCCAAGUGCGCUGGCGAGAAUGAGGUGAUCCGCAAGAUGAGGGAGGGGCAGAGGGAGCGAGCUGGGCGGCACGAAAUAUUCAAAGCAGAUUUGGAGAACAGCUCUGACCGAUUUGCGACCAUUUCCGAGUGGUUCUCGCGAGGUGUGAUGGAUGCGCAGGGCUCAACCCAGGCUUCUUGA